GAAAAGACCCUCACCCAAGUUUGCUUAUACGACUAACUCCGAGCUGCAUAGUUACACAUAUACCCACUAUUGAUAUAGUAAAAUACUAAAAUUUUUACCUCUAACAAUUUAUUUAGUUAUAAUUUAUUUAAAAAAAAAAUAAGCACAUAUGAUUCCAUUUUUUAAAAAAAUGUAACUUCAGUGCUCGGCGAGAUAUAGUAAUUUAAAAAUUUAUAUAUUUUUAAAAAAUAGUAUAUACGAAUUUAUGUUUUUCAACAUUCGGUGUAUAUAUAGUGUGUGUGUUAUGAUUGUAUAGAAAGACACCGAUAAUAAUUUAUAAAACCGGUUGAGUGAUAUUUCAAAAAAAUAUGGGAUUAAAAGAUUUUAAAAUUCUCUUCGAUAAUCCCUGGAAAACUUAUUAUCCUGGACAAAAUGUCACGGGACGAAUUCUAUUAGUUUUAGAUUCACCGAAAAAAAUUCGUGGAAUAUGUGUAAAGAUGAAAGGAGAGGCCAAUACUUCUUGGACAGCGGACAAACAACAAUUGAAUAACGAAGGUCGUUACGAAAAUGAACAACAAUUGCUUACUGGUCACGAAGAAUAUUUUUCUAUAAAAUAUAAUGUCGUUGGACAAUCAUCUGAUGGUGAAGUUGAAUUAAAAGCUGGUGAACAUUUCUAUCCCUUCAUGUGUUCAUUGCCACCAAAUAUACCCAGCAGUUUUGAGUCGGAUUUGGGUUACGUUAGAUAUACAAUAAAAGCCAUUCUGGAUCGACCUUGGAAGUUUGAUCAUGAAACCAAAGAUGCUUUCACAGUUGUAUCAUCUUUCGAUCUCAACACUGAAUCCAGAGCAAUGGAACCAAUUAUGGAGGAAAAAACAAAAACUUUUUGUUGUCUUUGCUGUGCUUCGGCGCCUCUUUCCGUAAACAUUUCACUUCCAGUGCGAGGAUAUGUUCCAGGACAAUCGAUGCCAAUUAAGGUCAAUGUUGAAAAUCAGUCUGGUGUUGAAGUAACAACUGUAAAACUGAUACUUCAGAAGGUUGUUACUUAUCGAGUUAAUACUCCUCAUACGGAUACAAAAACAGAAUAUAUGACAAUAGCAGAAGUAAGCAAAGGUCCAGUCGACGGUAAUGGAAACGUUAGCUAUGAACAAUCUUUGGAUAUUCCCGCACUGCCACCUUCAAAUUUAAAUAAUUGUGGUAUCAUUGAUCUUAAAUACGAAUUGAAAUUUGAAGCUUGCGUCGAUGGAUGGUAUCGCAAAAACUUAAGAAAGAGUACUCUAGUCUUUAUUGGAACUGUUCCAUUGGCGAAUUAUCAGUCUUUAGUGGCUCCUGCAAAACCGGAAUAUCCAAUAAAAGAUAAUUCUUAUGGAUGGAAUCCAGAGAAAACAGCUGCUGGUGAUUUUACACCGUCAGCUCCACAAUUAGCUCCGGAGUACGCUGUUCCCGACAGUUCACCAAUUGGAAAUCUUUAUCCCAAUUUGCCUCCACCAUCUUAUGAAGAAUCAAUGAAUGGAGCACGAAGUCUACGUGAUCGCGAUGAAUCCGAACAUGUUAUGGGUACCAGAAAUCACUUUGCACCUCGAUAUCCGGUUUAUAAUUUUGCCCAAACUUAAUAAUUUCAAAGUUAAUCAUAAAAUCAUUAAUUUCUAUGGAAAUUAAGAACAAUUCAAUAAAAGUGAUAUUAAUUUU